AGAAGGAGCCAAACCAUGUGAGCAACACCAGCAGUGGAAAAACAUGGCGAUGCCCGUUAGUGCAGCUCGUCUCUGUCUCUGCCUGGCGGGACGGACCGCCACCUCCCUGACAGCCGGACACAGGCGGGCUGUCAGCCUGCCAGCGAGGAGAUGCUACAUAUCCACCUCGACCGGGAGCCAUCUUCAGUUCAGGCUUGAUGAGCGAACGGCUCACAGCAGUCUGGACCUCUUCAAGAAAGACACUGGCGUCAUCUACCGCAUGCUGGGUCUGGACCCCAGCCACCUGCAGGACAACCCCAAUCGCUUCCGAGACUGGGCCGUCGUGUUCGGCGAUGAGAAGAUCGGCAGCGGGCGGCACUACUGGGAGGUGACGGUCAAAAAGUCUCAAGAGUUUCGUCUGGGUGUGGCCGAGGCGCUGAUGUCCCGAGAGGACUGCGUGGGCACCAACAGCUCCUCCUGGGUGUUCGGCUACGCUCAACGCAAGUGGUUCGCCAUGACCAGCAAUAAGAUAGUUCCUGUGACGCUGGUGGGGAAGCCGGACCGCGUAGGCAUCCUGCUUGACUACGACGCCGGCCUUCUGGGGCUGGUGGACGUCGGACACCGCACGAUCAUUCACGCCCUCAGGGUCCAGUUCAAGGCUCCCCUCUGCCCUGCGUUUGGACUUUGGGACGGGGAGCUGCUCACACACUCUGGCCUGGAGGAGCCCGAAGGCCUGAAGUGAAGCGGGAGGAACUGCGGUGGGGAUGAUUGUGACUGCCGUGAAAGGCCACAGGCAAUAUCUGUGCAAAUCAAUUCAGUUGCAUGUGAUGGUUAAUUCUCUGUGGUCCCAUUGGUUCAUAGUCAUGACUCUUAACAAUGCAAGUUCAUACUUUGUGUAUGUCGUCCAGCCUCAGGCAGCCAUACCACAGACGCUGUAUAUGUGUGUGUGUGUGUGUACCUCAUGUAUUACCUCUCAGACUAAUGGAUGUGAAAAGGAUGUGUGGUUGUUUUUUGAGGGGGACAUUAACUGCCAAGUUGUCAGUUUACACUGUCUUCUGUCGUUACCCACACAGCUGAAAUCAACACAAAGCCUUUUUUUUUCCAUGUUCAUACUGUAUAUUGUUUAAUAAAAUAACUUCACUGAAAUUGCUUUAAUUUCUUUGUUAUUUACAGCAGGAUGAUGUAUAUUUACAGUCACAGACAAAAGCUUGAGUAGACCUGAGGAAUCAUUUCACUUAAGAUGAAGAAAAAUGGUGGUUGAGUUUCUCAGUACACUGCAUACUAACGAGCAAAAGCUUUAAUUUUCUUCAUGUCAAAAAGUAUCACUUCAAACAAAUGUAUGUCUAGUUUGCAACAGUCAUUUGCAUAAAUGUAAUUAUAUAUUUAGUGUUAGAGUAACCCAACUGUGCACUGUUCCCAGCGCCUGAGACAUGCAGAUGUUUUCUGUGAUACACUAGUAACCACCACUAGUAGAGCUCACUCUAAUAACGCAAGAGUAAUUCUUCCAAAAAGAAAAAAGAAAAUGA